CACACACACUCAGGGCUGAGCUCGCAGUGUCCGUGUGAUGAUCAGGAGCUACAGCGCGCUACAUUUUCACCGCCGCUCGGAUUGAAGUCGGUUCUCGUCCCUGCGGCCCCGGAGCGGAUUAAAGCACAUGAUACACAGACGAGGUGGGAAGAGAUCUUCUGAGAAACGUCACGGCUACUCACAGGGAGAGACAUUUACAGGUACAUAUGGGGCAAGGAGACGCCUCUGCGAGAAGCACGGCCAUGGAGGGCGACUGCCUCAGCUGCGUCAAGUACCUCAUGUUCAUCUUUAACUUCUUCAUAUUUCUCGGUGGAGCGUUCUUACUCGGAGUGGGAAUCUGGGUGCUGGUGGAUCCCACAGGUUUCAGGGAGAUCGUAGCAGCCAAUCCUCUGCUCUUCACCGGAGUCUAUGUGAUCCUGGCCAUGGGCUCCAUGCUCUUCCUGCUCGGCUUCCUGGGCUGCUGUGGAGCCAUACGGGAGAACAAGUGUCUCCUGCUGUUCUUCUUCCUGCUCAUCCUCAUCAUCUUCCUGGCAGAGCUCGCUGCGGCCAUCUUGGCCUUCAUAUUCCGCGAGCAUCUCACCAGAGAUUAUUUCACCAAGGAGCUGAAAGCACAUUAUCAAGGCAGCAACAACACGGACGUCUUUACCGCCACCUGGAACACCAUCAUGAAUACGUUUGAAUGCUGCGGCGUGAACAGCGCCGACGAUUUCGAUCAGCAGAGCCUCUUCAGGCACCUGAACCCCGGGAGAGCCGUCCCCGAGGUGUGCUGCCUGAACAACGAGCAGAUGAUGAUGAACGCGGACGAGUGUCUCAGGGGCAACAUGCCCUUCCGCAUCAAGGGCUGUUACUCUGCCGUGGUGGAUUACUUCGAGGCGUACAUCUACAUGGCCGGAGCGCUCGCUAUCGUCGUCCUGACCAUAGAACUCUUUGCGAUGGUGUUUGCCAUGUGUUUGUUCCGUGGGAUCCAGUAAUCCACCAGUGUUCUGAAGAAGGACCUUUCAAAAGACAAAUGGCUUGAAAAGAAGACACUCUUGUAUAUAAACGUCGUCUGUCUGUUUUUCCGAGGUGCCCACAGUGACCAAAUUGUACAGCUGGAACUUCCCUGGUUUUGUGAUAACAAAGGAGAAAAUAGCGCAGAAGAUUUAACUCCAGUGGUGCCAUCGAGUCGUGCUGCAGCUCUCUAACACGGAUAGAGGAAAAACUUGCACUGACGCCUGAAUGGAUAUUUAUAGAAGACCGUUCGUGUUUGUACAGAAUUAAAUUCCCGUUUUUACCUUUUUCACCACUGCAUCAAGUCACACUAAAACUCUUUUCACAAUGUGUUUGUGUGUGAGCACGUUUCUGUGUGUGUGUGUGUGUGUGUGUGCGCGUGAGUGUGUGAUCUACACAGUGAUCCUACAUCUUCUAUAUUGUAAAGUGUUGUGUAUUGCAAUUGUGUAUAUUUUAUGUGAUUUUAGUAAUGUGUUGUAUGCAUUUGUACUUUAUAUUCAUGAUACCUGUUACAUGUGACACUGAUUGGUAUUAAAACAGGGAAAAUGAAAAA